AUGACAGAUCAAUAUGACCCGAAAUACAAGGCACCGGAAGGAGCCCACCUUGAUGGACUAGCCCGUGUGAAGGCUAUAUACAUCCACCCCGUCAAGUCAUGCGGACCUGUCGAGGUAGACCGAGCUUUGCUCACCAAGGCUGGCUUUAAGUACGAUAGGUCUUUCGCACUGGCAACUGAGAUGCCUCAACCAGAAGCUCCUACACUGUCAGAAUGGCGUUUCAUCAGCCAGCGCACCAAACCAAACAUGGCUCUCAUCAAGACAGAAUUAUGGCUGCCAACCAAGGACAGCAAUCCAGACGACCCGUUAGUUCAAUCAGGUGGGUGUGUGGUCUUGACAUUUCCAGACCCAGAUAUGCCGGACUGGACUACUCGACUUGAGACACUUUUCCGUACAUGGAGCCUCUCCGCUACGCCCCAGGUAUCCUUCAUUGUGCCUCUCCAAAUCACAGCGACUCAGAUGGACCGGCUUCAUAUGAGGAUGAAAACGUUCCGCAUACAUUCCCGUGACGCAAAGGGCCUUGAUAUGGGAGAAGUACCUUCAGUUGCAUCUGCCUUGCCCAAGCUGAAGAAGUUUCUGCGAAUCCCCAAGGAUCAGAGUCUCACGCUGUUGGGGUGCACUCCAGAUACCCUCGUACGUACCGAUAAGAACCUCGCACCACUUCAGUACAUCGGCACCCCAGCCGUACACGGUUACACAGACCAGCAGCCUGUCAAUAUUAACAGUUUGUCUUCGGUACAUGCUGUGUCGUCACUUCUUCCCCCAGAGAACCAACCUUUGAAUGCAGUUCGCUUCCGGGCAAACAUAUGGAUCACAAACACCCCCGCCUAUGAAGAAGAGACGUGGAAACGCUGCCGCAUAAUGCCUAAACGAGCCAAACUUCGUAGCAUUGAGGAGCCACGCGCCAGUGUAGCUCCCGUGCUAUCAGUUGUUUGCCGCACAUCUCGAUGCACUAUGCCGAACGUCAACACCAACACGGGAACAUUCGAUGCGGAUAUUCCUCCCCCAGAGAAAAAGAAAGGCAAACCUCAGCCAAGCACAACAUUAGUCGAGCACCGUACGAUUGAGACUGGAAACAAGGCGGCACUCGGUUACCUCGGCAUGCACUGUGUUCCCGAAGAUCGGAACUUGAUGGAGGCCGAAGAGCAAAAUAUGGGGUUGUAUGUCGAAGUCGGCGACGAGAUUGAGGUCCUUGAACGCGGAGUACAUCUUUACGGGUCUACGGGAAAUGAUUAUUAG